AUGGAGAGGAUUUACGUAGCAGUUCGGGCUCGGCCCCUCUCGCCGGAGGAAUCUAAGACAAGCCCUUGGAGGAUUUCGGGCAACUCCGUCUACCUACACAACCAGCCGACCAAGUUCGACUUUGACAGGGUUUUUGGGGAGGAUAGCAAGACAGUGGACAUCUUUGAGGCGCGGACGAAGGAGAUUGUUGCCUCCGUCGUUCGUGGGUUCAAUGGUACAGUUUUUGCUUAUGGGCAAACCAGCAGUGGUAAGACUUAUACCAUGAGAGGAUCAGUGAAAGAACCAGGAAUCAUCCCGCUUUCUGUGCAUGAAUUGUUUUGUAGUAUUGAAAAGGAAAUGGGUAGGGAAUUCCUAGUUCGCAUGUCUUACAUGGAGAUAUAUAAUGAGGAGAUCAAUGAUUUAUUGGCCCCUGAACAUCGGAAGUUGCAAAUUCAUGAAUCCCUUGAGAGAGGCAUAUAUGUUGAUGGUUUGAAAGAGGAGAUCGUUACUUCCCCUGAUCAAGUUCUUGAGCUAGUGGAAUUUGGUGAAUCUCAUCGCCACAUUGGGGAGACAAAUAUGAACAUUUACAGCAGCAGGUCUCAUACAAUUUUUCGCAUGUUUGUUGAAAGCAGGGAGAGAAUUGAAGAAGGUGAUUCAAUUAACUGUUUUGAUGCUGUACGUGUUUCUACGCUGAACUUGGUGGAUUUGGCUGGUUCAGAACGUGUUGUUAAGACUGGUGCGGAAGGUUUACGGUUGAAAGAGGGCUCCCAUAUUAAUAAAAGCUUAUUGACCCUUGGCACUGUCAUAAAAAAACUAAGUGAUGGCGUUGAAAGCCAAGGUGGCCAUGUACCUUACCGUGACAGCAAGCUCACUCGAAUUUUACAAGCUGCUCUUGGUGGAAAUGCUAAUACUGCUAUUAUAUGCAACAUUACUCUUUCACAGAUUCAUGCAGAUGAGACAAAAAGUAGUCUCCUGUUUGCAAGCAGAGCUCUUCAAGUAAAAAAUUGUGCCUGUGUGAAUGAGAUUUUAACAGAUGCUGCACUCUUGAAGCGCCAAAAAAAAGAAAUUGAAGAGCUUCGUGCAAAGUUUUUGAGCUCUCAAUCUGAACAUCUGGAGGAAGAAAUUCUUAAUCUGCGGAACACCUUAUUACAGAGUGAGCUAGAGAAGGAGAGAAUUGCAUUAGAGUUGGAGGAGGAAAAGAAAGCUAAAGCUUAUCGUGAUAGGAGAUUGCUGGAGCAAGCAAAGAAGAUUGAAAAUCUUAGUUCACUGCUUUUAUGUUAUGACAGGAACGAUAGAACUACCCAUUCCAGGAAGUCAAAUCUGGAAGGUGACAUUUUGGAAGCCGUUGAAGAGGAACCAGAGCUAAGAUUGUUGCAUCCUUUUAGUGAGCUGGUCCAAGAAAAUGAAGACCUUGUGGAUAGCAUUCCUUUUAGUAGCAACUUAUCUGAGAUUUCCGAUUAUACAGAUAGGAUAGAGUGCUUUUCUCUUCCGAAUGCACAAGCUUUGUUAAAUGUGACCAGCAGAAGAAAAAAACAUCAAAACAGAGAUACACUAGGAGGCGAUCCAUCAAGAGAACAUCUAUCAGAAUUUUCUGAACUUUGCUUUGAGGAUGAUGCCGAGAUGAAAUCUGACGAUGUGAAGAUUGGGGAGUUGAAAAUUAGCUGCUCAGAAGUACAAUCCACUCCUAUUAAAAGCUGUUCUUCCUCUCCGUUUCAUUUGCCUGAUGGUGCAUCCCUUGGCCAUAACAACUUGACUUUUCGAGAACCAGAAGCAAUUAUUGUUAUUAAACAUUUUCAGGAACAGAUUAAAUCUCUUGAAGUUGAGGAAACUUCAGGACAGAUGAAUUUAGAUAAUGUUGUUCUUGCCUUAGCAACUGAACAUAAUGCUUCCUUUAGAGAGAAAUAUGAUGAGCUCGAUCAAGAUGCCAGGAUUGCACGUGAAGUGGCUAGAACAAACCAUAAGCAACUGUGUUCGUUGCACAAUGAACGUUUUGCUGAAAUCAACUGUGACACAACUGUCAAGCUUUCCAUUUCAAUUGCAGAGAUUGCUUCACAUUUUGAUCUUUUAAGGCACGGAUAUAAUAAUGUUUUAGCUACCUUCGAAGAGUGCUUCCAGUUCUGCUCCAUCUUGUCUGAAAUAUUAGAGGGUUUUAGGAUGCUUCCUAGGUCGUGUAUGGUGCAAUUGAAGUCCCUCAUUUCAGGCCAUGAAAGCAUCAAUAGUUUUAUGAGCAAGAAGUUUAAAGAAGUUGAAUUGGAGAAGAAUCUCUUGAGCAACCAGUUAUAUGACCAUCAGAAGCAAAUCCGUGACCUUACGUCUGAUUUGGAGAACAGGGAGAAGGUUGCUGUGGAUCAAUGUCUUCGGCAUGAUAUGGAGAAGGAUGAGCUCCUCUCCCUGGUGCUUUGUCUUCAGAAGGAAGUAUCUCAAUUAUCAUCUUCUUCUUUGACACGGGAGAAUGAAGCGUUGAGGAAGGAACUUGAUAAGAGCAAAUCAAAAUUGAAGGAUACAGAGUGCAAGCUAAAGAAUAUUAUCCAGGACAAAGUUAAGCUCGAGGGUGAGAAAGCUCAGGCUGAACGAGAGAUCAAAAACUUGCAAGGUCAACGAGCCAUUCUAGAACGUGAUAUUUUGAAGCGUGACUCGCUUUUAGAUAAAAGGCAUGAAUCGAGGUCUGACUUUAAUACAGUGAGGGGUUUAAAGGCUGAAGCACAACAAAAUUUGCAGAAUGACUACGAGAAGUUUGAAUUGAUUGCUUUUGAGAUGGAGGCUGAGAUUUCUUCAUUGAAGGAGGCCUUAGAAAUCACAGUUGGUGAAAAAGAAGAAGCAUAUGUCAAAAAUGAAGUUUUAAACUCUGAGUUAGAAGCUAUGGAUAACAAAUUGAACACUGCAUAUUUUGAAAUGGGAUUGCUGAAGGAGGAGCUUAGAACAAUGGAACAAAGGUUGACUGAUUCUGUAUCUUCUUCUAAAGGAUUUGAAGAUUCUGUCAAUUUGCUCUCAAGGGAGAAAGAAGAGAUGAUUUUGCAACUUACUGAAGCCCUUCUGGAGGUGGAGGUAGAAAAAUCAGCUUGGGCCUUGAAAGAGAAAUCUCUAAGCGAGAAACUCAAUACAUCAAAUUAUGAAAUUGUCAAACUAUUAGAAAAUCUAUCAGAGGUGAGAAAGGAGUUGGACUUAUGUAAAGACCAAUGUAAUGGUUUCAGAGAAAAGUUACGGGUAUCUGAAGAAGAUAUAAAAAGAGAGAAAGACUCCAGCAUGCUAAGGCUAUCCGAGAUUGGCAAACUAAAAGAGGAGCUCAACAGGUUUAAAACUGAUACUGAUGGAAAUGAAAAUGCAAUUUGUUAUUUGGGAUUGGUUUCAUCCCAAUUCCAUAGUAGAUCUGCGGAAGUGCAUAGUCUGAGGAGUACCCUUCUUAGAGUAACAGGGGAGAGGGACAGCUUGCUUUCUAAAGUUGAACAGCUGAGAGGACUUGGGGAUAAAAUGGAAAUUUUUGAGGGAAAAUAUGAUGACCUGCAAUCAAAUGCUGAAUUCUGUUUACAAGAAAUGAAUCAUAGGAUCUCGCGCUUUGAAGUCGAGAUAAAGGAGUUGCAGAAUGCUCAUCACAACAACGAAGAGUGCAGUAAAUUGAGGAUGAAGCUUAACUCAACACAAGCGAAGAUGGAUACUUACCGUAGGAGGCUAAAAGAGGCUUUGGAUGAGAUGAAAGUGAUGCACAGUAAAUAUCAGGAAGCUUCAACAAAUUUAAAAAAUAAACUUCGGACUUAUGGGCAGCAUAUUCUUGACUUGACGAAGCGGCUUGCUGAAAAAGAAUAGAAUCACAUUGCACAAUGUGCCCUUUUUGUUUUCCUUUUUUACUCUUUUCUAUAUGAGAGAUUAUUACGUGCGGUAUCCGAACUGUCCGGAGACAAAUCCGGAUGCUACACGUAAUAAUUUUUCUUUCUAUAGACGCUUUUUAUUUAACAUUAAUCGUCCUGUAAUUUGUAACUUCCUUAAUUUAUGUUGUCCUUCACCUUUUUAUUUCGUACCAAAUUUUUCUAUUCUAAAAUUUCUUUUU